AAAACAAUUAAAAUAUUCUGUUAUCUAUAACGAAUUUCCCUUGAAUUUAUGUAAAAUACAAAUAAGCUUUAAGUUUUAAGUUAAAAAACUGAAAUCAAACUAACUGUUAAUUUGUAGGUGUGGCUGUGAAGUGAAAUCUGUUUCAGACCGCAUUUCGAAGUUGUUUGGGGGUGCGAAAGGGUGAAUUAAAGCAUAGUAAUGGCGCCGAUAUUGGAAUCCUGUUGGUCGCCAUGUAUUUGGUCAUCAGACGUGAAGACUGGGAGUAAGGCUGUGGCGGUGUAUACGGCAGCUAUGAGUCUGGUGCUCAUCACGUUUAUAGCGUACCAAAUGGAUGGCGGAGACUCAACACAGCUUUGGAACCCUUUAUUCGAAGCCGAUGUUAGAGGAUCCUUACAAGUAUUUGGGAUCAUAUUUAUCAUUGUUUUCACACUGCUCAUCAUUUUCUCAGUUUUGAUGGUUAUUGGUAUCAACAUAUGGAUGCGAGGCUUCAUAUUGCCAUGGCUAGGAACCAUGGGCCUGAUAAUUGUGUUCCAGCUGAUGUUUGGACUCUGGCUUCUUGGAGGAUACUAUAUUUAUCUCGAUGCCACCUUUGCUGCCCUGAUUGACUUCCUUUGGAUGUCAUAUAAUAUCUACUGUUGGCUAUGCGUGUUCUCGCAGUACCAAAUCAUAUUGGAAAUGCAGUCGCCCAACAUAGAAAUAUUAGUAGAAUAUUAACACUAACAUUUGGACAAGUGUUUGUAAUGUAAUUUGUUUAUAUCCAGAAACUAAUCUACAGGUAGUGACAAAAGUGCUAAGCUACAUCACAAUGUUGGACAAGAAAAAA